UCUAGUCUAGUGCUGCAGCCUACCACCGCAGCAAAGUUAUGUGGUCUGCAGCAUUGUCAACGCUCCAUGCCAGAGUAACUGGAAACAAGAGGCGAUAGACAGAUGCUUGGAGUCGGAGCCGCAUCUCCAGCUUUAACACUUCCUGUCAUGUUGUAGUGGAACAGGGUUGUGUUGUGGUACUCUAUUGCCCACAACCUCACCAUUCAAAAAGACUGAUCCUACCCAGUUGUGACUUUCACAAGUAUUAACACCAUGAGGGAGUGGUACCGUCCUGACCCAUUUACACUGGAGCCCAACGUUCCCUGGUGUGGCACACAGCUGCAUGGGUAGCACCUGUCAGAGACACUGCAGAGCAACCCUCAACCUUUCAACGACAGGAAGCCCUUUGGGCUGCUAUCUCUCCACUGAGGUGUAUGGAUUCCUGGUUGACGAAGCAUAGUUACCUAGUCAUGGAGAAAGCUGCUCUGGCUCCAAACCAGUGAACUGCUGACACCCUGUUGAAGAGACCACUGGGCAAUUUUCAUGUAAAAUGGGAUGCAACUGUAGUUCAGAUUAUGAUGAUGAUUGGAUAGAGAACAUAGAUGAAGUGUGUGACCAAUGCAACUGCCCGAUUGCCACCCAGUCGCAUAACCAGUACACAGAUCAGCUGAUGAACAUCCCCUCUAACUUCACGCCUCCCACCUCCCCACUACCAGAUAACUUGGUUGUUGCCAUAUACAGCUAUGAACCAAACCACAAUGAAGACCUGGGGUUUGAAAAGGGGGACAAGCUCAAGAUCAUUAAUAAGGAUGACCCAGAGUGGUACAUGGCAGAGUCACUCAUCACAGGCAAGAAGGGCUAUAUCCCACACAACUUUGUCGCCUCCAUGAACUCCAUGGAGAGGGAAACGUGGUUUUUCAAGAACCUCUCCAGAACCGAUGCCAUGAGGCUUUUGCUGGCUCCGGGCAACUCACAGGGCUCCUUCCUGAUCAGAGAGAGUGAGACCUCCAAGGGCUCGUUCUCCCUGUCUGUCAGGGACCUGGAUCCCGAGACUGGAGACACAGUCAAGCACUACAGAAUCCGAAACUUGGAUACUGGUGGUUUCUACAUAAACGCAAAGAUUUCCUUCAACUCUCUGAAAGAACUUGUCCAGCAUCACUCACGUGAAGCUGAUGGAUUGGGCACCAGACUGGUAAAGCCCUGCCAGUCCCGUGUGCCCGAGAAACCCUGGUGGCAGGACGACUGGGAGAUUCCCAGAGAGACCCUGAAAAUGGAGCGCAGGCUCGGGGCUGGGCAGUUUGGGGAGGUCUGGAUGGGUCUGUACAACAACCAUAGAAGGGUGGCCAUUAAGAACCUGAAGACUGGCACCAUGUCCAUGGCUGCCUUCCUGGCCGAGGCAAAUCUGAUGAAGGAGCUGCAGCACCCACGUCUGGUACGCCUGUUUGCCGUGGUAACCCAGGAACCCAUCUACAUCAUCACAGAGUACAUGGAGAAUGGUGCUCUGGUGGAUUUUCUUAAGACCACUGAGGGGUCCAACAUACCUAUCCACACCCUCAUUGAUAUGGCCUCUCAGGUGGCUGACGGAAUGGCCUACAUAGAAGAAAAGAACUACAUACAUCGAGACCUGCGAGCGGCAAACAUCCUUGUGUCUGAUGAGCUCAUCUGUAAGAUCGCUGACUUUGGACUCGCAAGACUUAUCGAGGACAACGAAUACACAGCCAGAGAGGGUGCAAAAUUCCCCAUUAAAUGGACAGCACCUGAAGCUAUAAACUAUGGAACCUUUUCCAUCAAGUCAGAUGUGUGGUCUUUUGGGAUCCUCUUAACAGAGAUUGUGACGUAUGGCCGCAUCCCGUACCCAGGCAUGACUAACCCAGAGGUGAUUCAAAACCUGGAGCGAGGUUACAGGAUGCCCCGACCUGAGGACUGCCCUGAGGAUUUGUACAACAUCAUGAACCUGUGCUGGAAUGAGUCCCCAGAGAACCGGCCAACCUUUGAGUUCCUGAGGAGUGUUCUUGAGGACUUCUUCACUGCCACGGAGGGGCAGUACCAGGAACAGCCCUGAAAAAACAAAAAGACAUGAGAGAGGAGGGUCAUGAUGAACAUUAGCUCCAAACUGCUGUUUACACAUUGAAAUACGGUCCCCACUUGUUAAAGUCUUGUGAUACUGUCUGAGAAUCAUUCCAAAUCUCAUUUUACAACAAACAUUGCAAUCUGAGCAGACAGACAGAUAAAAACCUAAUCCUUUAAAGGAUGUAAAACAUAAAAAGCAUUUAUUAUGUGACAUUUUUGAGACACCUGGGAAGAUUCCACUUUACUGUAACAUCUGCAUUUCCAUUUCAUUUCUAUUCUUUUUUCCUGUGUAUUCCCUUUAGACAGUCCUAUAAUCUAUUUGUAUAUUUUCAUUUACAUUUAAGUCACUUAGCAGACACUUAACCAGACUGACUUGUUGUGCAUUGAUCUAAAGAGAGCUAAGUGGAACAACAACAAAACCGGGUACAUUUUUAUUCAAUAAAAUAGCUACAGUAUCAGCAAAGUUGAUGCAAAAACAAAUCAGUGUUAGUUUACAUAAGGCAAAUGUUUGCUGCUUUAAUUUUUCCUUAGGUGGGAGAGGGAUGUGUGUAAUUUUAGAUAUUCUUUAAAGAAGGAGGGCUUCAUAAUGUUUUGGAAGAUGGACAGGAACUCUGCUGUCCUUUAACUGGGCUGGGCAUCAGCUGCCUUCCCAAAUAACAGAGGGGACAAAACGAAGUGCUAUGAUGGCACAGGCUGGGAGCCCAGCCAAAGGAGAGUUCUAUUAGCCCAGAUGGAAGAUGACAAGUUCCAGAAUUACAAUAUUAGCUGCUUCCGGUGUGAGGUAACGUCUGCGGUGGAUGAGUAGCGAAUCUGUGUUUUGACGUUCAAGAAUGACAGUGUGUUGUGCAGGUUCAUGUCAAGACUUGUUUGCUGUCUAUGAGGGGGUCACCAUGGAGUUAACAACUACAGUGAUGGAGUGGUUUUGGCAUCCGCAAAGAAUGAUGAUAGGAGACAUGUUGAGGAUAUGACAAAGUUAAUUGAUGUAUUGAUAGAAGAGGAGAGGGCACAGUACCAAGGCCUGGAGGGCCACAUCUUCACAUCACCAAGGAAGAGCAGCCAGAGCAUGAUCUGAUGAUGAGUCACAGUUUUAAACACACAUACGUACUAUAGAUCUAUGAGAAUAGAGGUGAAAGUCAGCUUGGACAGUACAUAGAGCCUCUUUGGCACAGAGGAGAGUGGAGUCGGUUGAAGAGUAACCCAUCUCAAAGUCCUGACUGGUUAUGGUCGGGGAAGUAGAGAGAGGUAACUAGAAAGUUCUGAGAGAGGUAACUAGAAAGUUCUGAGAGAGGUAACUAGAAAGUUCUGAGAGAGGUAACUAGAAAGUUCUGAGAGACGUAACUAGAAAGUUCUGAGAGAGGUAACUAGAAAGUUGGUCAGGUAUAACACGCUCAAGGUUUUUGUAAAGGCAGGUUUUUAUUUUCUAGAUUUGUUUUGAUUUUACAUUAGAGGGAUCACAUUCAUUUGGGUGGGGGGGGUUCAAAUCAGAGGGAAUAAAGACAGUCGAUAGUGAUGAGUUGAUGAGGUAGGUUAGGAAUAGAAAAGAAGUCUGGACAAAGAUGGUUUGGGUGUGGUUAGGAGAAGAGGUCAAUGCGUAGGGUAGUUCUGUACGUGGGACCUGGGAGACAGAGGCGACAGAGGAAAAGUACAGGGCCAGACGCUUUCUAGGGCCAGACGCAGAACCUAGACAGUGGAAUUUGAUAGAAAGUGGCUUGCAUAGGGAGGAACAGAUGGUAGCGAAAGGGGUGAGAAAGGAUAAUUGUUUUCAGUCAACUGUCCACAGCUCUGUUCUGUUGUGAGUCACUUCGCCACAGAGCAGGAGGGGAAUGUUGAGAUUACCAGGAGGAAAGAAGACAGUGAUUGUCAUAUGAUGUAGAGAGAACAGCAGUCAAACAGGCCCUCAAGAGACAAGGAUUCAGCAGAAAAUAUAAAUAAUAGGAUAGAAGAAAGUAGUGGGACAGACAGAGGGAUGAUUAUGAUUGGUCAUGGCUAUUUGGGUGUAGGGCUGAAAGGGUAGGUUUUGGGAAGGGAAAAAUACAUGAAUAAGGAAAUAAAGGGGAAUGUUGCUGUACAUUUGAUUACUAAAUGUAUUAUUAUUAUGUAUCUUA